UUUAACUGUUGUCUUAAAAAUUUACAACCCUACAUUGAACAUAGAACUUUUAUUUUUCAGAAAUAUUUUCCAAAAUGUCUCUCCCGGCGAAAACCUUUUUUAGAUCAUUUUCCACUUGCUCUGUACGAUAUGGAAAGCGAAAUUUUAAAAAUUUCAUACUGCACAAUCGAGGAACAAAUCAAUUCAGAAAACAACAAGAAGAAAACCCUAAUAAGGAUUUUCAAAUAACCAAUUAUGGAAUACGAGACACCACUGUCAGAGUUGGCCGUAAACUAAUAACUGUUCAAGAAAAAAUUCCAGAUAUUAUAGUUCCGAAUUUGGAUGAUUUCAAUUUAAAACCAUACGUAUCAUAUAGAGCUCCAGAAAUUACUCAAUCUGAAUUUACAGCGAAAGAUUUAUUCAAUGCUGUUUAUCGAAAAAAGAUUGUUGAUGAUUUUAAGAACAACAAGCUGAAAGAAAAUUUUGAACCUAUAGAACCCAGUGAGGAAGAAUCAUUAACACCUGAACAAGCUAAGCUUAAAGCGAGACAAACAGGCAGUGAUAUGUUUUCACAAGGCAGAUAAAUUAAAAUGCUUUGUUUAUAGGUAGAUUUUUGUGUACAAUAUGUUAUUUUCUUUUAUUAAAAAUUUAGUUGUAAUAUGA